AUGGGCAUCGGCGCCGCCAGCCGCUGCCGGCAGCCGGACUCCCCUGCGUGGCUGGGCGCCUGGGCCCGGGCCCCCCCAGCGCGCGGCCUCGUGGCCAGGCCCGCCGAAGGCCCCCUCGACUUGCCGAGCCUGAGACUGGCCCGCAAGAAGAAGCCUGCCUGGAAGAGGCAGCUGGAGCGGGGCUCCGAGGAGCCAGCCGACCCGGCGCCCGGCGCCGAGCCCGUCGGCCCGCAGGGCGGCCCGCCGGCCGCGCAGAGCCGGCCCGCCGCGCGGCAGCAGGACGACUGGGCCGCGCCCGCCGCGCGGCCAGCAUCGCCUGCGGCGCCAUCGGCGGAGCCGCCGGUGCGGGAGGCCAGACAGCAGCGGGACGCCUGGGGCGAGGACGGCGCGGGAGGCGGCGCGCCGCCGGAGCGCCCCGGCGGCGGGGCGCCGGCGGAGUGGGCGGUGGGUCUGCCGCCGCAGGCCAAUCGGCAAAGGGAACGCCGCGGCGCGGGCUCUGGCGACCGCCGCAGCGACCGCCGCAGCGACCGCCGCGGCGACAGCCGCGUCGAUCGCCGCGACGACCGCGGCGACCGCGGCGGCGGCCGCGGCGACGACCGCGGGCCCCGACGCGGCUGGGACAGGCCUCAGAGGUGGAAAGAGGAGACGCGCGUCCCUGGCCCCUCCACGGAGCUGGGGGUGAGGGCGACUGGCACCGUGUUCCGGUGGUUGGUUCGGAAGGGCUACGGGUGGAUCAAGCGCGACAGGAGCCCGGACAAGAUAUAUUGCCACCAUACCGAGAUCCAGGCGCGGCAGAGCUCGCUCCGCGAGGGCGACCGCGUCGAGUUCGUGCCGGUCCUCGACCCGAUCGACCCCUCGCGCGGCCUCUACGCGACGAACGUGACCGGCGCCGACGGUGCCCAGUUGCAGCGGGGCUACUACAACGACGAGAGGGCCGGCUGGUGGCGAGAGAAAGAGCAGGGCAUGCUCCGGGAGGGUCGAUGCGCAUAUGGAGAAAGAGGCGGCAAGACCACGCGGCGGCAGCAGACCCGCGAGAGGAAGCUCUGCCAGGAUCUUCACGUCGGCAACUUGGACUGGAGGACGACCGAGGAAGAUCUGAAGAGGCAUUUCAACGAGAUCUGCCCGGAGGUUGCCUGGGUGAAGGUGCCGCCCCAUGAGGACGGACCGGACGAGAACGGGAACUUCCGCAACAAGGGCUGGGGCUUGGUCAGAUACAGGGACACCUUCCAGGCCCGAAAGGCCAUCUGGACUGUGGACGGCAGCAGGCUUCGGACCAAGUUCUGCAAGGUGAAGCCCUUCACCUUCGCCGGCGAGAGCGCCCCCGAGCAGCGGCCGCUCUCUGAGAGCGAGUGCCCCCGCCGCCCCCGUGACGCGGACAUGAAGGACGCCGAGGCCCCCGCGGCGGAUGCGUCCGCCGCCGACGAGGCGGCCGGCGCAGAGGCCUCGGCGGCCGCCGGCCAGGAGGCGGCCGCGGAGGCGGCGGCCGCGGAGGAGGCGACGGCGGAAGAGCCCAAGGAGCCGGAGAAGCCCAAGGAGCCGGAGAAGCCGAAGGAACUCGAGGAGGAUGCGCCCGAGGACACGCGGCCCAAGCUGCCCGAGCCGGUGCAGUUCCUGACAGAGGACACGACCCUGAACGUCAUGCCCACCACGAACGGCAAGCUGCUGAUGUCCCUGGGCGACGGCGGCAUGCAGUACCUCCUCGCUGGGGCCCGCGCAAACGUGGGCCUGAAGGCCGGGCGGUACAUGUUCGAGGUCGUGAUCGCCGAGAGCAAGAACCCUUGGCAGCCAGAGGGUGCGAAGGGCAAGCCACCUGUUCCGCGACAGCUGGUGCGGAUCGGGCUGGCCACCUCCUCGGCGUCGCUCCUCCUAUCGGAUGGCCUCGAGGGCGCCUGCUUCGACAGCGAGGGCAAUUUCUCGGUCCUUGGUAAGCCGAGGCAGAAGCUGGCGGGGAAGUUCCAGGCCCAGCAGGUGAUCGCUUGCGUGGUGAACCUUGACCCGCAGAGUCCGAACGCCAACACGGUGAGUCUCUUCCGGAAUGGAGCGCGGAUCUCCAAACCCCAGGUCAUCCCAGAGGCGCUGCGCGGCAAGGCGCUCUACCCCGCGGUCGCUUACAGGAACGCAUCGCUGAAGGUGAACUUCGGCCCCCAUGUGCUCAGGCCGCUGCCCUUUAGCUGCACACCGGUCGGCCUGGCCGCCGCCGCGGACGCGGAGGUGCGGGCCGCGGCGCCGUCGGCGGGGCGGCGCGAAGUGGUGGUGCCCGUGGGGCUGCCGGACGAGGGCACUUUCGACUGGCUGGACCAGUUCCUGGCCAAGAACCCGGGCUACACGGAGAUCAGCGAUCGGGCCGUGCUCGAGUGGGCCAGGGAGAGUGGCCUCGUCCGCCCGGGGGGGGCGGCCAAGUGGUCCAGCAACGACAGGCCAGACUCGAAUUUUGGCCUCCCGCUCAUGGACGACCGCAGCAUCCAGAGGGUGAUCACCACGCUUGCGCCGGUCCUCGACAGGAACUUCGUAGUCAUGGAGGUGAGGGACAAUCUCUUGGCCGAGGGCAGGAAGACCGUUCUCGACAGGUUCGCAGGCUUCAAGAAGGUCGCCCAGGUUGUCGUCGGGGAGCCUCCAGAGGAGUUCAAGCAGGGUAUCCAGAAGGCUAUGCUGGCGGAGAAGACAGCAAUCGAGAAGAGAAAAGUGCAAGCCAAGAAGGCGGAGGCGGCGAGGAAGAAGGCCGAGGAGGAGCGGAAAAAGAAGGCCGAAGAGGACAGGAAGAAGAGGCUCGAGGCCGCUAAGAAGAAGAAGGAGGGCGGGGACGAGAAGAAGGCAGACGAGGAGAAGAAGGAGGAGGAGGCAGUGGAGGAGGAGCCCAAGAAGGAGGAAGAGAAGGAGGAGGAGAUCGUGGUCGAGCUGACGGAUGAGGAGAAGAAACUCACUUUUCGGAAGAAGGCCUCGCCAGACCUGCAGCAGAAGGUCCUGACACUGGCCUAUGCAAAGUUCACCCUUCCAGAGGCCGACGAGGGCUUCGACGAUAUCCAAUACGCGUGGCAGUCCGAGUCCGAGUGCAAGGAGUACAUGAAGAAGUGGGUCUUGGAGAGGAAGAUGACCCAGCGCGUGGAGGAGUUGCAGCCGUCCGAGUGGUUCAAGGGCAAGUGGGCCGAGUGGCAGAAGAUCCUCGGCUCGUGGAAGAAGAAGCACGGCGAGUGGAAGGCCGUGCUGAGGCAGUUGAAGGACUGGAUCAACGACGCGGACCCCAAGAGCAAGGCAACUGCGCUGGCCAAGAAGAAGGCGGAAGAUGCCAAGAAGAAAAAGACUGCCGAGAAGAAGGACGGCGAGGAAAAGAGUGAGGAGAAAGAGCCCGAGCCGGAGGAGGAAGAGCGGAACAUGGACAUCGACGCGGAGGAUUUGGACGUGUUCGCCGUGGAGGACGUGACGGACAUCGGCAACGGUGAGCCAUUGUUUGCCAAUUUUGUGUACGAGGACUGGACGCUCCUCAGCCUCCGCUUCGAGCUCCACCUCUUGGCGCACGCGUUCAAGCACGACCUGGCCGAUCCGGAGAGGCCGACUUUCCACCAGCAGCACCUUGCGUACUACUACAACAAGUACUACAAGAAGCCGUUCAGCCUCAAGAGCUUCGGGGUGGAGGAGCUGAAGGACCUCGUGGAGAUGGUCAAGGACACCGUGGAGAUAUCCUCCAAGAAUGGUACCGUUGAGUCGCAGCUGUCGGACGACACCCCGAUGGACAAUUUCGUCAAGUUGACGGAGGAGCACAGGCGGGACCGUCAGCGCAGGCUCGACGCCGGCGACGAGACGGCCCAGCUCAAGUUCACGCGGCCCACGCCCGCUGCGCCCUCGCAGCAACAGGGCGGCAGGGGCAAGGGCAAGGGCAAGGACGGAGGCGCGCCGCCGCCGCGCGGAGGCGCGCCGCCGCAGCGGGCGCCGCCGGCCCCCGCGCGCGACGACCGGAGGCCUCCGCCGCCCCGAGGCGGCGGCGGCGGCUACGGCGGAUCGGCCUACGACCGGUCGUCUGGCGGCGGCGGGCAGAAGCGGCCCUACUCGCCGGCGCCGCCUUCCUAUGGCUCCGGCGGCUACAGCCGCGGGGGCCGGGACGCCUACGGCGGCCAGCCAGCCCCGGCCCACCGUGACCGCGGCGGCGGCGGCUACUCGGGAGGCUUUUCCAGCGCUUACUACCGGCGGUGA